AUGGCGUCCAAACGUGUGCUGACCGUUGGAGAUGGAGAUUUGUCCUUCUCCCUGGCACUGGUCCGAGCCUUUGACAUCCAAGUGGUCGCAACGACUUGGCUGAGUGCUGAAGACCUGGUCCAGAGAUAUCGCUCUGCUGCCGGGACUCGAGAUGAACUUCUUGAAAGAGGAAUGCCUGUUCUACACGAAGUUGAUGCUUGCAAUCUCCAAAAACUCCCAGAACUUGGGUAUGUCGAUCCUUUUGAUGUUGCUAUGUUCAAUUUUCCUCACUUGGGAGAUGUUGCAGUGGACUGUCAUCGUCCAGACAGCGAGCAUGUGCGGAAACAUGUGGCAUUGCUGUCUCAUUUCCUUCAUUCGGCUAGAUCAGUCGCAUGUGAAGUUCACAUCACUCUUUGUGGCGAGCAAGCGGCCCUUUGGGAUCUUCAUGGGUCUGCAGAACGACUUGGAUGGCUGGAGCAUCGGAGACAUGCUCCAGCAGAUGUAGAUGAGUUUGCUUCUGGAUCACUUGCAAGUUUGAGCCGUGUUCCAACGCAAGCAUCCUGGAGAUGUAGGAGGAAAUGGAGGAACGGAUCCUUGGGUUUCGUUCACUGGGCCUCCCAGUAUGGCUAUGAGCACCGACGACACGAAGGGGAACAACUCAUGAACAUCAGCAAUUGUACCACCUUUGUGUUCACAAAAAGGUCCCUCAAAGCUGACCUACCCCUCAAUAGAAUCUCAGGAGAGCCUUUCAUCACAGACUAUCAGUGCAGUAUUUGCGGACAAGAGUUUGAGAAUGAUCAUGCGCUGGCGCUCCAUUUCCGAGCUCCAGCUCUGCCGGACAGCUCGGCUCCAUCAUAUACUUGCAGUCAAUGCUCCCGAGUUUUCCUCUCUCAACGUGCUUUAAAGCAGCAUGUUGUCUCAUGCAGCUCAAAGUUGACCCAUCAUGAAACGGAUCUUCCUGGACAAGCCGGGUACAGCAUUCGGCCUGCACCUACCGACGUUGUUUCUAUGGAAUUGGUGGUUGACACCGACGGUGAACGAUUCUGGCACUUUGCCCGCCAAAGAGAGGCGUUCCGGAAGCUCCUUCCAACCAAGGCCUCUGUGAAACGAGCCAUUGCAGGAGGUGAAUUAACGUUGAAUGGUGAGGGUGCAGAAGACAGCCGGAUCCUGCAUCCAGGCGACGUAGUGCAGCUGCGAUUGAACAAGGUGCGUGAGGCCCAAGAUGCUGGUGCAGCGAGGGCCAGGUUGGUUCGAGUGGUUUCUUUGCACCAGGACUGCCGGUUGGUUUCGGGAGACUUGGCCUCUCCUUCGGCAGGUCCAGACAGUUCAGUAGCACCAUGGCAGCUCGUUCGCUCAGUUUGCCCUCCUGAUGUCGCAAUUGUGUGGAAGCCAAGUGGCAUGAGAAGCCUGGGCCAACAUGCCGGAACGUUGCAGGCGUCUCUGCCUCUAGUGCCCGAAAUGCGCACCCGCAACCUUGUACCCAUCCCACUCAGCAGGCUGGAGAUCGGUUGUAGCGGAUUGAGUCUUGUGGCCUUGACUGAGAAGAUUCGCGUGGAACUACAGGAAAAACUCGUGACAGGGGGUAUCUACCACGUUUUCAGGGCUUUGGUCCAUGGUGCUGCUGGAUCACCUGGAGAAAUUCAAGUUCUGGACUUCCGCACAAAGCAAGCGCCAGAGAGAAGCAAUGUGGAUGAGACGCAGCAGGAUGGAAGUGAAUCUUCUUCUUCUGGCAUCGAUGCCGAAGAUGACCUCGACAACACCGAGGCAAACAUGCCAUCAGAUGCCCUAAAGCAGGUUCAGUUGCGUGUGGUGAACAUCUUGCAAGGAUACAACGUUUCCAAACCUGAGACAACUGAGCGGGCAGAGCCGCUUAGCAUAGUUGAACUCAGCACCGCAGCUGAAUGUGGCAGGUGUUGUGGGUCCCUGUGCCAUCUCAUGCGCCAGCAUGGAACUCCGGUGGUUGGCGACAUGUUGGCUCGCAAGCGAUCUGGAUCCCAGCGCCACAGAAUCCUUGGAGGCACCUUCAACCGAUUGAUCCGAUUGCGUGGCAAUGCAGUGGGAAGAGGAAACUCCAAAUCGAGUGCGUUGGGAUAUGGGCGAAAGGAACCGACCACAGCCACUUCCUGGAUGUUUCCAUCUCCCGGUCGUGAGAAGGGGAACCUCAGGAUUAUGACGCAUGACGAACACCUCAGCAACGCGAACAUGAUCCAUAUCCAUAUCCUUCAGGCCUAUGGCUUGUUCCAGCUGCAUCCACUGUUAUUCUAUGAGCAGCACCCUUCAACGGUGGUAGCCAUCCAUGUCGCUGUGCCAAAAGGCCAGAGGCUCCAUGAUGCAGGCGGCCACAGCGAUCUGGUGGCCGCAGCAUGUCCCAUGAAUGUUUGGCGUUUGAGGAUCUGUUGCAUCGGGCUCCGCUUCUUGAUUGCAAAUUUGGAGCCCUUGGACCAGCAACGGAAUGGCGGGUGGGACUGUUCUGAACGCGGCAAAAGUCCAUUCUCCAAAUCAUGCUCCAGUGCAGUGAUUUUGCUGCUUUGCGUCUUCAAGGCCAAUCUGGACCACCUUCAGAAUCAUCUGCGGGACCAAGACAUGCUCAGAUUAGUGCUGGCGAUGAUGAAGGCACCGAAGUAUGGCCAGUGGGACUCUGAUCCUGAGAGCUUCUUGGGAGAGACCUACCGGCAGAACCUGCAGGAUGUUUCCACCUUCCUGGAUCAGAAAGAGCUGGAAAUGAACCUAAUCUUCGCAAAGAUGCGAGCACAGCUCUUGCAGGCAAUCCCUGCGUCAAGUGGUCCUCCCUCUGGUAAACAGGCAGUUUCCUCACGGUCAGAUGAUGUCACUGCUGGGUGGAGAGAUCUUGGGGGUCCCUUUUACCGUGCCCUUGCGCUGCAGCGAGAGCGCGAGAAGGAGAAUCAGAAUCUGCGCGAGAUUGUUGCUCGCAGGAGAGGGGAGUUGGACCAACUCCAUCAACAGCUGGACCAACUUGGAAUAUCCAGAAGUGGCACGAAACCAACGCUGGCUGCGUUCAGCUUCUCCAACCUCGAAACCUCGCCGCUCGCAGGUGCUGUCGCCGUCAUGGCAGUGACACCAGCUAGCGCCAGUCAAGCCAGCCAAGUCGGCCAAGCUAGCCAUGCACAAUUCCAAGCGACUCACAUUGGCGCCAGCCCUGCCCAAGUCCAAAGCGACUCCUUUGGAAGGCAAGCUCUGCUUCAGGCUGAGCCGCGAGUUGGGCCACAGCUGCCACUGCCGAACACCCCGCAUUUUCCGGCUGCAACAAGUCCCCGUACAGCUCCACCAUCCCCGUUUGAUCUCGAGAGUGAAGGAGACCCGGAUCUGAGAGGUCAAGAAGGAACAGGUGUUGGAGCUUUUGGAAGCCCGUUGGAUGAUGCUUUGAAGCAGAACGUCAGCAACUUUGCCAGCAAGGUUGAUGCGGCUGCAGCACCAGCACCGAAGCAGCCUUCUAUGACACGCAGCGAGUCUGCAACAUCUUCGGUUUCACUCUCGCAGAUGUACAAGGAAGGACAAGGCAACGCUCAGAGGCGAUAG